AUGGAGAUUGUGAGUUCCAUUGCAUCCAAAGUUUUCGAGCUGUUGGUUGAUCCCAUUGUGCGUCAGAUCAAAUAUGUGUUCAACUACAGUGGCAACAUCCACAAACUUGAAGAAGAAGUUGAAAAGCUCACGCAUGCAAAACAAAGGGUUGAGCACACUGUGGAGGAAGUUAAGCGCAAUCCAGUUGAAGAAGUUGAAGCUGAUGUUCCGAGGUGGUUUACUAAAGUGAAUAAUGUCACUGAAGAUGCUACUAAAAUUCUUCUUCGACAUGAAGACAAAGCAAAGAGGAGUUGCUUCAUGGGAUUGUGUCCUAAUUUGAUUAGGCGCCACCAGAUUAGUAGAAAAGCGAGCCAAGCUUUACCAAUCGUUGUUGAAGCCCGAGAAGAAGGAAAUUUUGAGAAAGUUUCCUACCGCAUCACACCACAGGGCAUAGGGGCAGUCAAAGGUUUUGAGGCCUUUGAAUCAAGAACAUCAGCCGUGGAGCAAAUCAUGAAUGCUUUAAAGGAUGCUGAUGUUAAUCUCAUUGGAGUGUAUGGAAUGGGAGGCGUGGGUAAGACCACGCUAGUGAAACAGAUUGCUGCACAAGUCAGGGAAUACGGAAUCUUCAAAUUGCAAGAAAUUGCAGAUUGGUUAGACUACAAAUUUGAUGUGGAGUCUGUUGAGGUACGAGCAGCUCGGUUGAGUGAGCGAAUCAAGAGAGAAGAGAAAAUUCUCAUAAUUGUAGAUGAUAUUUGGGCAGCAAUCAAACUGGAGGAGGUAGGAAUUCCUUAUGGCCUUGAUCAUAAAGGGAGCAAGAUACUGAUGACGUCAAGAAAUCAAUCUGUGUUGUUGGAAAUGGGAGUACAAAGAGAUAUCUUGCUUGAAGUUUUACAGUAUCAAGAAGCAUGGAAUCUAUUUGAGAAGAUUGUGGGAGAUCUUAAAGAUUCCAACUUACGACCUAUAGCUAUCGAAGUCGCAAAGAGAUGCGCAGGCUUGCCCAUUUUAAUUGUACCAGUAGCGACGGGAUUGAAAAACAAGCAAAUGUUUGAAUGGAACGAGGAGUUGGAAGGGCUUAAAAAGUUUGAUGGCCAAGGAGAUAAAGCGAGAGUUCACUCAGCCCUAGAGUUGAGUUACAAAUUUUUGAGAGAUGAAGAGAGGUCUUUGUUCCGACUUGUAGGACAGCUCCCACCUCAGGGUGGGCACCUAAUUGACUUGUUGAAAUAUAGCAUGGGGUUAGGCUUGUUUAAUCAACGCACCACACUAAAAGCAACAAGAGAUAGACUACUUAAAGCAAUCAGUGAUCUUAAAAUGUCUUGUUUGUUACUGGAAGGCGACAACCAUGAACUAGUCAAAAUGCACGAUGUAGUUCACCGCUUCGCAGCCUCAAUUGCAUCCAAGCAUCAUCAUGUCUUUACUGCAACAUAUGAAACUGAGUUGGAGGAAUGGCCGAAUAAAGGCUUCUUUGAACAAUGCACAUCAAUCUCCUUGCCAUAUUGCAAAAUCCCUAAGCUUCCUGAAGUAUUAGAAUGCCCAAAACUCGAGUCAUUUUUUAUGUUUAAUAAUUCCUUGCUCAAAAUCCCGGAGAAUUUAUUCAGUAGAAUGGAAGAGCUCAAAGUCUUGGAUUUGACGGGAAUGCACUUGUCACCACUGCCUUUAUCACUUCAAUGCCUUGAGAACCUCCAAACAUUGUGUUUGGAUGGCUGUGUUUUGGAAGACAUUUCUGCAAUCGGAGAGCUAAAACAGUUGCAAGUUCUUAGCUUCGUUCGAUCUACCAUUGUUCGGCUGCCAAGUGAAGUAAGGAAAUUGACUCGUUUGCGACUUUUGGAUUUGAGGAGAUGUCAAGGACUUGAAGUGAUUUCGCCAGAUGUCCUAUCAAGGUUAGCCCAGUUGGAGGAAUUGUACAUAGGGGACGGCUUUGUGCAAUGGAAGGGUGAAGGACAUGAUGACCCAAGAAACAAUGCUAACCUGUCAGAAUUGAAGCUUUUGUCAAAGCUGUCCACUUUAGAGGUACAUAUCAUGGAUGCAAAUAUCAUGCCCAAAGAUUUAUUUUCUGAAAAACUGGAAAGAUUUAGAGUAUUCAUCGGUGAUGAGUGGGACUGGGACUGGCACGAGUACGAGAGAUAUGCUGAUUACAGAAGCUUAAGAACGUUGAAACUCAAGCUUAGUAGAAGCGCUCUGUUGGAGAGGGUAAAAGUGUUGCUGAUGAAAACUGAAGAUUUAUAUUUGGACGACCUAACGGAUUUAAGAAGUGUCCUCUAUGAAUUAGACGACCAAGGUUUUCCUGAGUUGAAGCAUCUCCAUGUUCAAAAUAGCCUUGGUAUUCAAUAUAUCAUAGACUGGAUGAUAAUGGGCCAUUCCACUGCUUUUCCGAGGUUGGAGUCAUUAUUUAUUGACAAUUUGCAUAAUUUGGAGAAGAUCUAUUAUGGGCCUUAUAUGGUGGGGUCUUUCAGCAAUUUAAGAAAAUUAAAGGUGGGGAACUGUAAUGCAUUGAGGAGUCUCUUUUCAUUCUCUAUGUUUAAAGGCCUUGGGAAGCUUGAAGAAGUGGAUGUGAGUAGUUGCGAAAUUAUGGAAGAGAUAGUAGUUGAGGAAGGUGAAGAUGAUGAGGAAAUUAAUUUGACACAAAUACGAUCCUUGACAUUGGAUAAUCUACCUCAACUUACAAGCUUUUGUUCGCAAGGCCAAGAGAAGGUGUGCUCUGCAUCCCAAAGAAAGCAAAAGGAAGCAGCAGUUGGUACAAGCUCUAAAGAAAUUGUAUGCGAGGACGAGAUUGAAGCUCCGUUGCCACUUUUCAGCAAAAAGAUUGAAUUCCCUAAUUUGGAAGAUAUCAAAUUGUCUGGGAUUAAUGUGAAAAUGAUAUGGCCUAAUCAACAUAUAGAAUCAUCUCUAUAUAUUGAAAAAUUAACGACCUUGAUUGUGGAUGGCUGUGGGAAUCUAAACUAUCUAUUCACAUCCUCUAUUGUUGGAAGUCUCGCACAACUCAAAACACUUGAGAUAUGUGAGUGCAAAUCCAUGGAAGAAGUAAUAAUUGCAGAAGGAGAAGGUGAAAUGAUGAGCAAAAUGCUAUUCCCUAAACUACACUCGCUGAAGCUCAAAGGUCUUCCAAGAAUUGUAAGAUUUUGCACAGCUAACUUAAUUGAAUGUCCCUCCUUGAAAGUGCUGCGGGUAGAUAACUGCCCUCAUCUACAUGCUUUUCUCUCUACUUGCACAAGCAAAAAUGUGGGAACUAGCAGCGGAGUUACACAAGCGAACGCAACUCUCUUUGAUGAAAAGGUGUGGUUUCCUAAUUUGGAGGAAUUGUAUAUUAUGCACAUGCAUAAGUUGGAGAUGAUAUGGUGUGAAGAACUCCUAGCAGAUUCUUUUUCUAGAUUGAAAGUGCUACAAGUACAAUAUGGGAAACAACUACUGAAAAUUUUUCCAUCUAAGUUGUUGGGUCGAUUCCUUCAAAAUCUAGAAUCAUUGGUUGUAAAGAAUUGUGAUUCAGUGGAAGAGGUGUUUGAUCUCCGGGCAUUAGUAAGAGUAAGCGAAGUACAUGUUGUAGAGCGCAGUCAAUUGAGAGCUUUGGACAUACGGGACCUUCCAAAUUUGAAGCAAGUAUGGAACAUGGAUCCUCAUAGGAUUCUCUCCUUCUAUAACUUACGCCAGCUGUAUGCUUGGAAUUGUCCAAAUUUGAAAAGCCUCCUCCCAUUUUCAAUAGCUCUAGGUCUACCACAUCUUGAAUUGCUUAGCAUAAAUGGAUGUGGGAUGGAGGAAGUCGUCGCUAAGGAGGAAAGAGUAGAAGCGAUUACCAUUAAUCCCAAGUUUGUGUUUCGUGGACUAAAGACCUUGGUCCUUCGCCAAUUAGAAGAAUUGAGGUGUUUUUAUUCAGAAAAACACAGUUUAGAAUGUACACAGCUAAAAACUUUACGUGUGUAUGGCUGUAAAAAAUUGAAAACUUUCAAUUCAGAAUCUCAAGAAAUACUUAUGGAUGGGCAAGAGAGCCAAUUGAAGAUUCAAGUUCCGCAACCCCUUUUCGCAUUUAGAGAGAUUGUUGGCAAUUUGGAGCAAUUAGCGCUAAACAACGAGGACAUUGCAAUGAUACAGCAAAGCCACUUUCCAAUAGAUCUCUUUUUCAAACUAAAAAUUCUCGUUCUGCAAAGCUUUCAUGAUGCUUCAGCAGCUGUUAUUUCAGAGAGUUACUCCCACAUGGUGUUGUUAGUGAGGAUGCAGGGGUUCUCUUGCAGUCGCAGAUACGAUUCUUAA